UCGAUUGGAUGAAGGAAUAUAGGCAAGUGCCUUUUGAUCCAGGACCUAACAAGGUGACAUUUCGCAGCAUUGAAGGAGAAGCCUCUCACAAAUUUAUCAUGACAAGUAAGUUACAAAAGGUAAUCCAUCAGAAAAUACGAGGUAUGCUGGGUCAAUCUGCUAUGAUUAGAAUUGGAGAAAUGGCGAAGGCGAUUACUACAGAAGGUUGCAAGAGAGUUAAUAGCAUAGGCUUAAUUGGUAUUGUUGAGGGCCUCAAUAAGCACAUCCAAAGAAGGCCAAUUGAAGCGUAUCAAGAGAGCAUUGAGAACUCAAGGAUCCAAACGCUACUUCGAAACUCUAGCCUGGAAGAAGCUUACAUUGCGUACAGCUUGGUGAAUGGGUGUAAGGAAUUAGGGUCUGUGCUUAAGAUGCCUCACCCAUGCUCGCGAUUUCUGGCCUAUGAACAAGACAAGCUGCAGGAAUCUGAUGUAAGUGAUUGCAACUUCCAUAAUGCUAACUAUGUUCAUAGUGUGAUGGUUAUAGGCAACAGCUUUCUAAGCCUGGUCGAAGGUCAAGUUCACCCUGAAAAUGGAGAAGAUCAGGAUGUAAGAGAAUUAGAAGAUGAAACUAGCUGUUCCCUCAUCAUAGCUAGGAUGGUUAUGAAGAGGUUUGCCGAUAAAAAGUGGUGUGAUGGUCUCUAUAGGCAAAAGAUUUCGAAGGAUUGUUCCGCACUUAAGAAGAAGACCAAUGGGGAGCAGAAUGAAAUCAGUCGUGAAGACCAUAUAGAGAUCAAGACUAUGGAAAAAAUCUCAGAGCUCACAUUAAGUCAGUUUGCACUUUACCACAUCUCGGAGCAGACAAGACUGGCGGCGUGCAGGUUGCGACUGCCUGAAGGUCCCGAGGGUGAGCCCUCGCCCCAACAGGUACCGCCGUCCAUGCUGCCAACCAGAGAUGAUAGGCGAGUGUGGACACGAAUUGGAAACACCUCACACCAGCACAAGGUGACGCAAGAAAACAGAACAGAGGUUUCAAUAUGGCUUAAAGGAAACAAUUCUGAAGAAGAAGAAUGUGCCGCGAGUGAAGCAAAUGAGAGCCCCAAACCAGUUCAACAAGUUCCAUCCUUGAGGACAAGGAUGAUUUUAAGGGGAGGGGAUUGUAACGACCCUGGAGAAUAAAUGGUAGAGGUAGCAGUAGCAGUAGUAAUAGUUAGCAUGGGAGAAUAGUAAAAAUAGCAACUUUACUAGUUAAAAUGGAGAAUAAAAGUGGCAGCAGCAGAAUGGUGAAGGAGCGAGCUCAGUGGGGUGAACCGGCGGCAAGGGCGUUCAGGCGGAACUCAGGCGGGCGACGAGGAAGGGUGGCGCUGCGGCCGCGGCAGCCUUCCCAGCGACUGUCUCCCUCAAGAAAGCGAAGGCGCCGGCCGCGCUCUGGAACCCGCCGCAGGCCUGCUUGAGCCUUGCGGCGAUGGUGCGAUCGGCGGCGUGGGCGAUCUGCGAGUAGACGGCGGCAGUGGGGGAAAUGGGAGGAACGCGAAGGGAGAAGGAGGUCCGACAGCAUCUACGGUUGGGGAAGAUGGAAGCCUUGCGGGUCGGAUGGGCAGAUUUCCGGAUCGGAGGCAAAACGCGAACCCAAGACCCGCCGGCAAUGGAUAGUGCGGAGAAGGCGAACCCGCAACCCGCUUGCCCGUUUACCAGACAACUUCGGACCGAACAAGCCCAGCGGAGGCCCAGCCUGCGAGUGAAUCGCGGCCCAGCCUGCUCUCACCCAGUUUACAUAUUGCUGUUUAGCCCUUAUAGGAUAGUUUACUUUAAUUUCAAUACCAGUUGUAGAGGAAUAUAUCUAACAGAAUGUCAUGAGAAGAUCAUAAAUGAAAAUGAAAUAGUCUAUUUCUCCCCCAAAGGUUCUUCUCCAAACCCUUCUUCUUCUCUAUCCCUUAUCUCUAUCCCAACUCUUUUCCCUAACCCUCACCUCUCAAUCCUCAUCUGUCUAUCUCUCUACCUCUAUUUCUCUUCUCUCUAUCUCAAUCCCAAUUUCUAUCUCUAUUUUCUUACCUCUCUAGCCUCGGUUACCGACUACGUUACCUCCGAUACGCGACCGGAAGGACCAAGAACCUGAUCCGAGCCAUAAGGGAUAUUACAAUUGGUAUCAGAGCGGCACUGUCCCAGGGCCGUGGGCGGCGGGAAUUCAACAGGAGCAAGAACGUUGGAGUUUCAGCAGCUGUGAGGAAUUACGUCGAACAAUGGAGGCGCAACAGGUAACAUCAUCCAAUUAGCAUAAUUAAGCAACAGAAGGCUCACACGAGGGUGUACGGAGGUAGUAGCAAGGACUAGUGCUGGUUCUAUUGCAAUUAGAACAGCACCAGGCCUCAGGCAAGCAUCUUUGGCACCUCGGCCGAAUUACUGUAGCAGGUAGAUCCCACAUUGUAUAGCUUAGCAAAAUUGGGUCA